AUGAGGAGAAGGAGUAGAGAUGACUUGUGUAAAGGGAACAACCUAAGAGGCGACGCGUGUCCAAUUACAGCUGUAUCCCAACUCCAGAGGCAACCGCUUCCCAGCAAAGAAACCCUUCCCAUUCUCUUCAUCAAACCAUUACAGAAUAACACCAUGAUGGCAGUAAGCCGAAAGGACAUGGACCGGAUCAAGGGUCCAUGGAGCCCGGAAGAGGACGAGGCCUUGCAGAAGCUGGUAGAGAGGCUCGGACCGAGAAACUGGACGGCCAUCAGCAGGUCAAUCCCAGGCCGCUCUGGAAAAUCCUGCAGACUCCGAUGGUGCAACCAGCUCUCACCCCAGGUCGAGCACCGGGCCUUUACGCCUGAAGAGGACGACAAGAUAAUCCGGGCCCAUGCCCGCUUCGGGAACAAGUGGGCCACCAUAGCCCGCCUCCUCUCGGGCCGCACCGAUAACGCCAUCAAAAACCACUGGAACUCAACCCUAAAACGCAAGUGCGCCUCCAUCAUGAUCGCAGACGAUCCCGCCGCCGCCGCUGCCGGUUUCAGUCCGCAGCCGCUCAAGCGCUCCUUCAGCGCCGGUGCUGCUCUGCCCCCGGGUAGCCCCUCCGGAUCCGAUGUGAGUGAGACCAGCGCCCCCGGGGUAGUCUCCCCAUCGCACGUCUUCCGGCCUGUGCCGGUUCGACCGGUGGUGGAGACGGCGUCGUCAUGCGACGACGGACCUACCACUUCACUGUCGCUGUCUCUUCCCGGCGUGGAGUCAUCCGAUACCUCGAAUCGGACGACAACGGUGCCAGCAAAUCCCGUUCCAGUGGUGGUGCCGAUGGCCACCGUGGCGACUUCUGCAGCAGAGGUUGGGUUGGGAUCGUUGAAUUUUAGUGCGGAGUUUAUGUCGGUGAUGCGUGAGAUGAUAAGGAAGGAGGAGUUUAUGGCGUUGAUGCAUGAGAUGAUUAGGAAGGAGGUUCGAAAUUACAUGGAACAGCAGAAUGGGAUGUGUUUCCAGGGUGUGGAUGGGUUUAGGAACAUGUCGGUGAAGCGAAUUGGGAUUAGCAGGGUUGAUUCUUAA